AUGGGUUGCUUCGGUCGAAAACAGGUCGAAAUUCGACCUGAACAGAAAUGGGAUGCAAUCAGUCUUAGAGAUUUCAAGUCGACGUCUUGUUUCACUCCCCUCGCUUACGGUUAUCUUUAUUUUUCUCUUCUUAUAUCCAUUGCCGUUUACGGCGUCGAUACUUUUACUGCAAUCAACUUGCUAGCCUUCAACACCUGGUCAUCUACCAUCGAGCCCACUCAACUUGUUCCAUUUGAUGUUUCGAAAUGGAUCUUCUCAAUUUGCAUCAUCUUCUCAUUCAUUAACUUGGGAUUCGAACAUUUGCGAGCGAUGAGAGUGAUGAAGCGAGGAAGCGUGGCUGAAUGUUAUCUCGACAAUCUAGCUGUGCGCCUAGAGAGCGUUCGGUUCGGGGAGGGUCAGGGAUGGAGACGUUUCCUUGUUUUUGCUGAAUUGACUAAGUCUAAGAAAGGUGCUGAAUAUGUCGCACUCUUUACCUACUUCAGUUUUCAAGCUUGGAUCCGAGUUAUCUUCUGUUCUGGACCGCGUCAAGUCAUCAACGCCUUGACUUUAUAUUCUGUCUACAACUCGGACCUCAUUCCGACCGAUGUCUCUUCGGUGCAGAGCACGCUCGGGACCUUCUUUGGCAAGCUCCAACACCUUGCCGAUGAAAACAAGCAGCAGGUAGUGAUCCUAUCGGGUAUGGUGUUCACCUUGGUUAUCUGGGUCUUUUCUGUACUAUUCCUGCUCAUCGCAGCGUUGUUUUAUGUGUUCUUUCUGUGGCAUUAUAUCCCUCGACAGGAUGGCGGUCUUGCCGGCUACUGCGAACGAAAGGUCAACAAAAGGUUGACGAGAAUCGUCACGAUCAAAGUCAACAAGGCUAUCGCCAAGGAAGAGCGAAACCGAAUGAAGGCGGAGGUUAAGGCCGCUAAGAAAACUGGCGAGAAGACACCGGUUGGACGACAGGCCACCUUACCAACCUUCAUGGACGACAGCGACGAUAAGCUUCCCGAGAUGCCUAUGCUCAACCGUAACGAUACGAUGGCCACGUUGCCAGCAUAUAGUUCAAGGCCGGGUUCUUCGCAUAGUAUCGAGCUUAACCCUUGGGAUCAGAAACGCCCUGGCGCCACCCGACAAAACACAACGACUACGAACGCAUCUAGUUCUAGUUUCUCUUCUCGUGCUCCUUUACUUCCCAGCGCUGCCGGCAUGGGCUUUGAUCGAUCAGCGUCCCCGGCUCCAACUUUACCGCAAAUUGAUCUUAGCGACUAUCAACCACCCCAACGACCGGGAACCGCAGCUUCGAAUAGAAGUCUUGGUCCGGGCUUUGCGGGUCCUGGACCCAGCCGAUUGCAAACCAGCGGGAAUGGAUUUGGUGGUGGCUAUACUGCAAGCCCGUCGACAUAUUCUGCAUCGGAAUCUUUACGCUCACCACCUCCUAUGGAUAACUAUAAUCGACCUAUGCCCCCUCGCCCGAUGAACCAGAUGACUGGUCGCUCUAGUCCAGCGCCGUCAAAUUACUCGGGCCGUGGCCCUCCUCCCGGCCCUCCUCCCGGCCCAGCCUAUGGCCCGAAUGGCCAACCCUAUCCUCCCCCUCGUAAACUUCAAUGGCACCCGGGCGAGCGGGCCAUGCACCAACUUCUCCACGUAUCGCAACGCGGAAACCCGACACACCACGGCCUCCCGCCCCAUCUCGGAUACCGCGUCGCGGAGUCGCCGCUCGUGGCCUUCGGGGCGCUGGACCGGCACGGCAGGCCGUGGGCUACGGUCUGGGGCGGCGAGAAGGGGUUCUGUAGGCCCAUCGCGGAGGGCGUGUUAGGCGUGGGUGCUAGCGCGGACGUUAGGUUCGAUCCGGUGCUUAGGGCACUGUUUGAAGUUCCUGUGCGGGAGGAGGAUAGUGAGGAUGCGAUGGAUGAAGACGAGAAAGACGUCGUCGACGACUUCGUCGUUCAGCCUGAAGGCGGUGCGGUUAUGGCGGGUCUGUCGAUCGACCUCGAGACGCGCGACCGCGUCAAGCUUGCUGGACGCAUGGUUGCCGGCUCCGUGACGAGGAGGUCGCCUGGCAUCGCAGACUUGCAGAUGGUGUUCCGGGUUGAGGAGAGUUUGGGGAAUUGCCCGAAGUACCUGAAUAAAAAGGUCAUCGUUCCGCAUACACCUAAGCCAAGACUCGCGAGCGAGGGGUCGGGCAUUCCGUUGCCGAGGGAUGCGAUCGACAUUAUUCAGAAGGCGGACCUGUUCUUCAUCGCCAGCAAGCACGGCUCCGACAGCAUGGACGCAAACCACCGCGGCGGAAGCCCGGGAUUUGUCCGCGUCCUGCGUAACGAGAAGGAGGGCAGCGGAGGCGGGGGCCUGAGCAUCGUGUACCCGGAGUACUCCGGCAACCGCCUGUACCAGACCCUGGGUAAUCUGCGGCGGGACCCGUACGCCGGGCUCGUGUUCCCUGAUUUCGACACCGGGGACGUGGUGUACGUCACGGGCCGCACGACCAUCCUAGUCGGCGAGAAGGCGGCGGACGUCAUGCCGCGCGCGAAACUGGUCGUCAGGAUCGACGUCACGGAGGCGCGGUUCGUGAGGGAAGGUCUGCCAUUUAGGGGCGUGCUCGGCGAGCGCUCGCCGUAUAACCCGGCUGUGCGCAAGCUCGCCGCCGAACAACGUGAUGUGGGGACGGGAGACUUGUCGGAUGCCGGCGUCGGCAUCGCGACGCUGGUGAGCGGGAGGGUUAUCACGCCCUCGAUAUCGCGGUACAUAUUCCGGCUUACGCCUCAUAAGGAUAAGGGUAGGCUCAGGGCGUGGCAGCCCGGACACCAUGUCACGUUCGACUUCGCGGAUGAGCUGGAUAAAGGGUACUCCCAUAUGCGGGAUGACGAUCCGCAGAGCCUGAACGACGACUUCGUGCGCACGUUCACCGUCAGCAAGCCACUUGACCCGGCGGACGUGGAUGGAGUGUUCGUGAGGGAGGGGGCUAGGCCGGAGGUGGAGAUCACGGUGCGGCGGCACGGACCGGCAACUAAGUUUCUGGAGAGCUGGGACGGGAGGCGUAGGGUAGAUAUACCGAUUUUGGGGUUUGGGGGCGCGGAGGGAUUUAGGAUGGGGCUUAGGGUGCUGUGGAGCUUGAAGGCGGAUGAUCUGCCUCUUGCUGUGGAUGUACUGGAGCGGAUCGACGGGUUGGGAGAAGUUACGAAGCUAUUCGUCACGGGCGGGAUGAAUGACCGGGAGAGAGGUCUAGUGAAUACGGUUCAGGGGCUGGGUGCCGCGGUGCUGGAGAGGAGGAUAGGGAGUGCGGAUGUGUUAGCGGAGGGGGAGAAGGGGAGCAGGAAGUUUUAUUGUUGUACUGGACCGGAGAUGAUGAGGUUGUUGCUGGGGUGGACGGAGGGUGAGGAGGUUCUGUAUGAGAGUUUUGAGUAUUAG